AUGCAAAGUUCUUUUAAAGUGGCAACGAUAACAACAGUAGAAGCAAGAAUGAUAAUGGAGGAAGAUCCGGAGCUAAUGGGUAUCGCUGGUUAUUUUUCGGAAAUGAAAAUUAUUGAUAAUGAACAGUCAAGAAACUUAGAAGACGAAAUAGUGAAUAUUUGUGAAAGUGAAUAUCUGAAUACUUUUCCGCAGGAUGAAACUACGAAUAUCCAGCAGUUAGAAAGGCCUGAUGACGAUGAAGAAGUGUCCGAACCUGAUGAGGAUCAAGAUCAGACACAUCCAGCAUACAUUCCGCGCACAGGACAAUUUUUCAUGCAUGACACCCGUGAAACUAGUGAGAAAAUUACGUUACAUCCGUUGUCACGCGCUGAUCGCAAAUGGCGGCAUGAUUUAUAUAAUGAAGAUGACCAGAUACCAUUGUCUGAUCGAGAAUUUGCCAAGAAAUAUGGUGUGGAUCGGGAAGGAAAUCCUGUCUCUUUGGUAAGCUUACACACUCAGUACGAGUGCAAUUUCAGGCAAAUCUUCAUUUUAAAAUUGUUACAAGAAUUAUUGUUUUUGGCUUUCCGACAGGAUAUACGUGGUACAAAUCCGAUUCGAAUCCCGACGGCAGCAAACGUUUGGAACGCACCACGUCAUUUUACAAGGACGCGCAAGAUUCGUAGCCAUGGGAUUAGUGGCCAAGAGAAAAGAAAAAGUCUAAGAAAGCGAGGAAACGACAGUCGGUUGCCAUUAGCUGGUGACGCAAUGAAUGAAGAACAUCAUAGUGAUUACGGAAAUCAAAAGUUAGAUGAAGGUAAAGAAGCAGAAAACAAGACUGAGAUAGACAGCAUAGGUCAUAGUGCGAAAUUGGAGAUACGUAUUGGUAAGCGUUAUUCGACACAACGGCCAAUGAAAUCAGUUGAAAAGUAG